AUGGCAAAGGGUGAUCCAGCAUCUGACAUGACACCUAUGGCUCAUCUCUUCAUUUACAAAGUUUUCUUCCUGAAAGUUAAGUGCAUUGGAGCUGACCUGUAUGCUGCUAUCGAUCAAGCGAUAAAAGAUGGAGUGGACAUUAUCUCGAUGUCUAUUACUAAUGAUCAUAAUGCUACUUUUUAUCAAGAUUCAAUUUCUAGUGGUUCUAUGGUAGCCAUACAACAUGGAAUCAUUCCUGUCGCUGUGGCCAAAAAUGAUGGUCGACCUAUUAUGGGGACACUCAGCCAUAGUGCGCCAUGGGUGUUAACUGUUGGAGCAUCAACCACUAAUCGUAAAAUAACAUCCAUUGUGGAGCUGGGAGAUGGCACAACGUUCCUUGGAGAGUCAGCUUACCAACCAACAAACUUGAAUUCAAAUUACAAGUGGUAG